UAGAAGCGUCGAACUGAAUUUAGUAUUGUUUAGCAGCUUUCAGUGUUGAUAACGAAAAAAGUGUUGGAUCGUCAGCGUAUUACUUAAUUUUUAACACACACACACACAUACUCGCACACAAACACAGUUGGAGUGUAUAUCAAGAUCUGCGAGGGAAAAGAAAGCAAUUUCGCGCCCACAAAAGCUUUUAGUUAAUUUACACACAAGCACAUCAGCUAGUCGCUGUUUGCUUACAACAACAACAACGUAGAGUUGUUGAAGCUCACGAAAUCUACUGCAGCGGCUACGAUUGCGUUCUUAUUGUUGCUGCUUUCACACAUUGCUUUGCGUGAAUCAUUGGCAAGCAAUCAUCACCUGACUAACCGAACGACAACAAGCUGCCAAAAUAGCCACAACAACAACACUGCCGAGUGCAGCAGCAACAACCUACACUCGCGCAGUCAUACAUACACAUACACACGCACUCACACAACUGGAGCAGCGCUGCAAAUAUUGUUAGCAGAAAACCGGUUAGCCACGACCAGCCUGCACAGUGCGCUUGCUCAUGCCGUUUUUUUGCUGUUGUUGUUGUUGAUGCAUACGCGUUUUGCGAACAGCACAAGGAAAAAACUGGUUACCGCUUGCGCCAGCGAAACGCGGACCGGUUGGGCGAGUUCGUUUUUUCUACGCUGUGGGUCUGGUUUCAACUCUAACGACACUGAGCUCUUAAGUGUUCUGGUUUUCUGUGUUUAGUUAUCAUUGUUGUUAUUGUUGUUGCUGCUGUUUACGUGUUGUUUUUUUUUAUUUCAAAUCGGGGAACGUUUGAACGGUUUUUGUUUUACGCUAAAACAGGCUUUGCCAUUUAUCAUUACAGUUUCAGCCGUCGAACAUGGCUAAGGACACAAUUUCAUUACGGAACAAGUCGAUACCGGAGAUCAGCAAGAAAAAGAGUGUCAAGGACUACAUCGACAUCGAUCAAACCGUGCUGGAACCGAGUCCGCAACGCAUACGCAACAUAUUGACGCUGGAGGAGCGCGUCGCCGCCAUAGAGGCCUACGAUUGUCGGCCCAUGUACACGAAAGUGGCGAAAAUGUUCAAUUGCAGUUGGGAGCAAAUCAAGAAUAUAAUCGCCAAUCGUGAUGCUAUAAUGGAAUUCUAUAUGGCCACCCGAAGCGCUGAAACGCAAAACGAUUCCAAUCGCCUUGAGGUACGUUCGCGUAAAAUACGCUUUCUCGGCGAAUGCCUCUACGAGUACAUACAGCGUGCACAAUUUCACGCAAAGGCGCACAUAACGGAAGAGUUGUUGCGCAUGAAAGCCAUCGAAUUUCGCGAUAUCAUACAAAUCGAUAAUUUCAUGCCGAACAAGGCGUGGAUUAAUCACUUCAAAGCGACCUACAAUUUUUCGCUGUCAAAUCGACAAAUAACGAUCACACGCACACCGCCCACCUCGCUGGAUCUCAAGGACAUCAUGACCUAUUGCACGAAGAAUAAAGCCAAAGCGGAGGCGUCAAGCCCAAGCGCGAUUGAGGACAGAGAAUCCGAUCUAUAUCGCACCGCCACGCGCAUCGCUAUCUCUGGCGAGAAUGAAGCCGCUUUGCAGGAGAUGAAACAACGGCGCUUACGCAAAAUCAACUUUCUCAAGAAGACGCUCUUCGAGUAUUGGCAACGCGCCAGACACCACCAUAAGAUGCGUAUGAAUGAGAACUCGUUGCGCAAAGUCGCUUUCGAAUUGAAAGAGAUGCUGAAAAUCGACAAUUUCUAUCCGGAUAAAGAGUGGUUGACGCAGUACAUAACGGUCAUAUAUCCGGCAAUGCUGAAGCAAGCGCAGGAUAUGCGUCCGCCGCCGCUUUCGCUCGACCUGAAGGACAUACUGAGCUACUGCAGCAGGCAGGAGAAUAAGAAACAGGCGCCCAGCACGAUAACACUUGCGCCAAAAGAAACUGCGCAGCAACCAACAACAACAACCGCAGCAACAACCACACCGCUAGUGCAAAUACACACCUUUAACUUGCGACGCAGCGAUGAGGCUGGCAAACCUACGGGUGCGCAGAGCGCAACAAGCGCUAAACCAGCUACAACAACAACUACGUUAGUGACGAAAAUCAAAGAAGAAGUCAUAGAUCUGGACGCGGAUGAAGAGGAGCAGGAUGUUAAACCAAACAUAAGUGAACUUGUGCCACCACCACCAUCGCCUACGACAACAACUGCAGCAACUGUCGAAACUAAUAAACGCCGCAGAACACCAACACCACCUGCCGCGCCGGUGUCCACACAAACCGUGCAACAACAACACGCGGCGCCAGCCACCACGUCCCAUGCCGCUCAACUGCCCGCUCUGAGAGUCGUGAGCUUAAGUGAAUUAGUGCCACCGCUAGCACCGUUGCCAAAAAUUGCGUCACCGGUCACAUCGCAAACCAAUAAUACGCACACCCCUGAAAUAACUCAAACAAUAAGCUUAGGUCGCAAACGUCCGAGCAGCGAGGCGAGCUUCACGCACCAACCGCUGAAAAUACAAAAGAUCGAGUCGAUUGGCGUACCAGUUACCGAGCGACCAGCACAUAGUCCGGGACAUUGGUCGGAGCAUAGCGACCGCGACGAGGAGGAGCUGCCCAAACACGUGACUAAUUACACCGACGCGCUGAAGCUUUUGAAACCAUUGGAGGAAUUCGCGAUGCUGGAGGAGAACUAUCGUGUCAUCGGUUUAAUAUCACAGCUCGAAGAGAUUUUCAAGCAUCCACCGCCGAAGGAGGACAACUAAACAGAGCUGAUUGUGAAGUUAUGUGUUCUAUAAAAAGUAGCCUUAGGCGGCGCUGUGGACUUGUUUUAAAGUUAGCCCCGCAAAAAAAUAUUAUAGUGAGAGCAUGCUUGUAAAUAUUUUUUGUAGUAAGAGUAUACAUUUUUUGACUUAUAAAUAUUAAAAAUUCAUAUUUAUGCGCAUACAUUGAGUUUAUUGUGUUGUAAUACACCAACACAGAUACAAAUGUACACUAUUAGAUAUAGAAACGUCAGUCAGUGAGAUUACUCGCAUGUAUGUAUAUGUGAUACAACUAUUUAUGGAUACAUCUAAAUUUUGCAAUAA